AUGCUAAUGGGUCCUGGUUUCAGAGAAUUGAGGCUCCGAGAGGGAUCGUGUGUGCAUUCAAUGAUGGCGGCUCACAUUGGGACAACAGCAAAGGCCGCAACUAUGAGAUUCGUCUUCCUGGUAAAUAUAUUCUGGGGGGUGGGCACAUGGUGUACUGCGGAGUCUCUGACUUGGACGUGCACUUUUCCUGAACAAAAAGGGCUUUGGCAGCGAGCGAAACCACGAGGACCUACCAUUGUGCACCACACCUUGCUGAGCUUCCAUCACGGGAACGGCGGAUUCACGUCGAGAUUCAGUGCCCUAAUCAAGUCUUCGACAACUGUCGCUCCACCGGAUAUUCUAUUCACUAUCAGAUGCUAG